AUGGUCUCCGCUUCGCUUGUGUUCCUUUCCCUCGUCUCGGCGGCGUUGGCGAAUGUUUAUACGACCUCGCCGACCGCCUCGACGACGUUCACGGCGGGCCAGUCCGCCACGAUCAGCUGGCAGGACGACGGCCAGUCGCCCUCCCUCGCGGACUUUGGCCCUGCCAAGGUGUCGAUCUACGCGGGUAACGCCCAGCAGCAGACCCUGCUCCAGGAGAUCUCUCCGAACACAGAUGUGAGCAAACUCGGCAGCAUCGAGUUCACCCCCGACGCGUCGAUUGGGCCCGAUAGCAACGAAUACUUCAUCCGCUUCGAGUCCCUCGCCCUCAAGGAUGCGACCUCCCCGCAGUACCCUGCGCUCGCCUUCUCCUCCAAGUUCACCAUGUCCGGCAUGUCCGGUUCCUUCUCGGACGACGUGCAGAAGCAGAUCGACGGGCAGUCCACGGCGCCGAUCGCCUCGCACACCGCGGGCUCGUCCGCGUCAACGAAGGCGGCGAGCGCGACGACCACCUCCAAGGCCGCGACGAGCUCGGGCGCGCACAGCGCGUCGGGCACCGCGCAGAACGCCGCGGCGGCGACGGAGUCGAACGCGGCGGUCGCGGGUGGCAAGGUCGGGAACGCGAUGGUGGCGACGGUGUUUGGCUUCGUCGCGGCGGCGUUCUUUGCUUGAGAUCGAGCAGAUCGUGUAUGACUGCUGCUGUUCAACGUACUACUCACACAGUUCCUACUUCUCACACGACCUAUAUAGG